AUGCCUCCACGAUCCAGUGCAGCAUCGCAGCUGCUACGGCGGCUCCGGGCUGCCGAUGCCGCCAUCAAGACUUGUCCUCGGGCCGCCGAACACACGCAUACUCGGACAUUUCGGCGGAUAAUGCCCCCAAGCUCUGCCGGCACCAGGCUCUUCUCUUCCAACUCCAGCUCCAACAAUGAUGCGUCGUCGGACCCCACAUUCACCACCGUUUCCCAAGACGAGGUCUCACAUUUCAAUGCCCUUGCCUCGUCGUGGUGGGAUCCCCAAGGGCCCUCCAGGAUUCUACACCUGAUGAAUCCAUUGCGUCAUGACUUCAUCCGCUCGUGUCGCUCCUCGGUGUUUGACCAGCCUCCACCCGCCACCACUGGCCUCACAUACCUCGACAUUGGCUGCGGCGGCGGCAUCUUUGCAGAGUCGGCAGCCCGGCUGUCGACCACCAAGAGCGUCACUGCCAUUGACCCCUCGCCCGAGGUGCUCUCGAUAGCCAAGGGACAUGCGCGCCGGGAUCCUGGCCUGAAGGGAAAGCUGAACUAUGUGAACACGCCAAUCGAAGCGCUGCCCGUCCCCGAAGACAAGUACGACGUCGUCUCUGUUUUCGAGGUGCUCGAGCACGUUUCAAAUCCGGCCGCCUUCCUGGACAAGGUCACGCCCUUUGUCAAGCCGGGAGGCUGGCUCGUCAUGAGCACCAUUGCGCGCACCUGGAUGAGCUGGUUCACGACAAACUUCAUGGCCGAGGACGUCCUGAGGAUCGUGCCCAAGGGCACACAUGACUGGCAGAAAUAUGUCAACGAGGACGAGUUACGCGGCCACUUUAUGGGCACCAGAGAGGGAUGGGGCGAGCCGAGAUGUAUGGGUGUUAUAUACGUCCCUGGACUGGGAUGGAAACAAGUACAAGGCAGCGAAAAGGUGGGAAACUACUUCUUUGCCGUCCAAAGACUGCCUUAG